AUGCCACCAGAGAGAAAAAAGACUUCCCGCAGAAGUAGAAGAGAAGGCCAUCAUCCUCUGAAGAAACGUCCCCCGGUCAACAGAUGCAAGACGUGCUGCCGAAAGUUCACGGCUUUCAUGUUCUCCCAUGUCGGGUUGUGUGGACUAGUUAUCGGCUACAGUAUCAUGGGCGCUUUUGCUUUCCGGGCACUAGAGGCUCCUUAUGAAGAAGUAAAGGAAAGUGAAGUGAUCAUGAUGCGGGAACAGACAGUGAAGCGAUUGUGGGAUAUUACGUACCAUUAUAAUGUGCUUUACCGAGAAAACUGGACCCGAACUGUGACAUCUGAGAUCGAGGAAUUCCAGACAGCCCUAAUAGCAGCGGUCAGAGAUGGUUACGACGGCAAAGGUGUGGAGGCUGGUCAGCAGUGGUCAUUCUCUGGAGCUUUUCUCUACUCUCUCACUGUCAUAACCACCAUUGGUAGG